GCGAGGUGGUUGGAGGCCCGCAGCCCUGCGCCCCAGGCGCAUGCCCUGAACCUCCUCUUCGACAAGGUCGAGAACAUGGUUUGCGGGGCGAUCUUGAAGAAGUAUGUGGACGUGCAGGCGACCAGCACAGGAGCAGGCACCUUCGAUCUCGCUUGCAGCCGGCAAAAUGCCCAGAAGUACGUGGACAAGCUCAACGAUCACUGUCCGCAUGGCCCUGAUGCAUUUGCGGUGCUGCCGUCGCAGGACCCUUGGAAGUUGGCGGAGGAGUGCUGGCCUCACCUCGACUGGGACGUCGAAGCAUCAGCCGCCUGGAGAGACUUUGCUUCGCUUCGAAGCCAGUGCAGGGAGCUCCUGAAAGCCAAGGCCGCGUCGGAGAACAAGGGCGUCUUCUGCAAGUAUGUGCACAGCUGCCUCUCGGAGACGCUUCAUGUGGACCUCACCGACCGCAAGGGCCAAUGCGAGAUCUUCAACGGGGACCCGGCGCGGAAAGGGGCGUGGACGACCGUUUCGGAGAAGAUCUUUGCGGAGAAGUACGUUCUGCCGGCGCUGAAGACAUUGCCUCUGGAUGACCCCCGCUUUGCAAAGAGCUUGGUUCCGGGCAUUUACAGCCUCGUGAGCCAACAGUCCAGCGCUCCGAAGCUCGAUGGAGACCACGCCAAGGACAAGCUCCUCUUCCGGAACGGCGUGAUCUGGGACUUUGCCUCCAACUCUCACUACAAGGCCCGACCGGAACACAGACUUGGCUUGGCGGCAGGGUGCGAUUUCGAUCCGUGGAUGCCGCCUCCGAAUCUCCCGGACGUGUUCGACAUGAUCUGCGAGUGGCUCCGCAACCCGGACGUGGCCAAGCUGGGAGUGGAAGAAAGCGAUCUGGGGAAAGAGAUCGUCGAGGUACUGGUUACGCUGUCAAAGUCGGGCUGCGAGCUUCUAGAGAAGAUGCUUCUUAUCUUGGAGACUUGGACGAAGGUGCUGUUCAUGGGGCGAAACUUUUCUCAGACGGCAGCCCCCUGCUUCGCGAUCAUUGCGGUCAACUAUCUCUACGGCCCCAGCGGAGCAGCCAAGGAUACGGUUUCCAAGCUGCUGUUCAGCAUGCUGGGAGACUACGCGAUGGUUCUGGAUGGCGACAAGGUUCUGAGCAGCUCCUCCUCCGGGCCAAGUCUGGAGCAAUGGUGCCAGGGCAAGCGAAUGGUGGUGGGCACGGAGAUCGGCGAUAAGAAGAGCUUGAACUUCAGCUUCUUGAAGCGGUUGGUGGAGCGGGAAGGUCUGCCGGUGUCUGCGAAAGGCUCGCACGAAGCUCUGCAAAACUGGUCGAGUCACACCGCCUUCUGGUUCACUUCGAACCACUUGAUGCCAUUUUGGCAGGACGACGCCAUGAGCCAGAAGGUGAACCUUUGGACCUUUGACCGCAUCUUCGAUGCAGAGCCGAUUGGCUUCCAGGAGCAGGCGACGGACUUCGUGCGAAGGAUCAACCAGGGCGAGUUCCACGGGCAGAUGCAGUGGCUGGUUUUCGGCAUGGCCCGCACCCUGCACAGGCACGUGAAUCCGGCCAACCGACUCCUCCCUCGUCCAGCCGAGAUGAGCGACGCCGUGGCCCGCUUGCGAAAGGAGACCAAU